AAACUAAUCAAUUUAUAGAAGAAGUGUAAGCUUGAAUUUAGUUUAGUUCUUUUCAUCUACAUCAAGUAGGACAUUUUGGUUUUCAUUUUUAGUUUUAUAGAAAAAUUACUUUAAAUGUGGUGGAAUCGUUUACCAAAUAAUAUUGUAUACACUGCAACUGCUAUUUACUUUAAAGCUCAAAAAAUUAAGUCUGUUGGAUUUCGAGGAAUUCAUAGCUCUAUAGAAACUAUAAAAGCUCGCAAUAUGGAUAUUCAAAUUAUUCCAGCUUUAGAAGAUAAUUAUAUGUAUUUGGUAAUUGAUAAAGAUACAAAAGAUGCCGCUAUCGUUGAUCCAGUUGAUCCAGAAGCAGUUUUAAAAUCUGUUGCUCAAAAUAAUGUAAAUUUACGUUACGUAAUGACAACCCAUCAUCAUUGGGAUCAUGCUGGGGGAAAUGAGAAAUUGGUUAAAAGUUUUAAUGGACCAAAAUUAACCGUUUUUGGUGGAGAUGAUCGUAUUGGUGCUUUAACGAACAAAGUGAAACAAGAUGAUACAUUUAAAAUUGGAAAUUUAAGUGUUAAAUGUUUAUUCACCCCCUGUCAUACUACUGGGCAUAUUUGUUAUUACAUUGAAUCAACAGAGGGUGAUAAGGUUGUUUUUACUGGUGAUACAUUAUUUCAAGGUGGUUGUGGUAGAUUUUUCGAAGGUACAGCUGAACAAAUGUAUUCGGCUUUAAUUGAAAAAUUAGGAUCAUUGCCAGAUGAAACAAAAGUAUUUUGUGGGCAUGAGUAUACUUUACAGAAUUUGGCAUAUAGCCGACAUGUUGAACCAGACAAUCAAGCAACAUUGAAUCGUAUCGAAUGGGCUAAAUUGCGUCGUGCUGAAAAAUCACCAACUGUGCCUUCGACAAUAGCUGAAGAAAAAUCUUGGAAUCCAUUUAUGAGAGUUCAUGAAAAUUCUGUUCAAAAACAUGCAAAAGAAGUUGAUCCAAUAAGCACAAUGCGUAGUCUACGUAAAGAAAAAGAUACGUUUAAAGCUUGAUUUUAAUUUUUGAAAAUCUUUAUGUAUUUAAUUUGUUAUUUUUUAAAAUUGUAUUGGGAUAAAAGCGCAAAUAAAAAAUU